AUGCUCUCACAGUCGCCGCAUAUCACGGGUCAUCUCCGAAUGAGCCGCAUGCGCGUCGGAUCGCAGGCUACUGCCGCAAGAUCCCGGCCAACGUUUACUACUUCCCUGUUCCCCAGACGAGACCUGCACACAGCUCUAUUCUUCCCGGGACAUGGAGUUCAACGGGUUGGCAUGGCGAAUACCUGGAUUGAAAGCUUCCCUCACACGGCCACUCGGAUCUUGGACGAGAUGGACAACACCCUUGGAUUCAAAAUGUCCAGCAUCAUAUCCGAUGGGCCCAACUCCAAGCUGAACAAAACUGAAAAUUCGCAACCCGCAGUCAUGGCAGUCUCAGUUAUGAUACUUCGCAUUCUUGAGGACGAGUUCGGAUUCAACGCCAAAUCUCGGGUGGACGUCACGCUUGGACACAGCCUAGGAGAAUUCUCUGCCUUGGUUGCCGGUGGUUAUUUUGAAUUCAGCGAUGCUCUCAAACUAGUCCGACGCCGAGCGGAAAUAAUGGCCCAGUGUACGCGAAACCUGGCCGAGAAAUCUGGGGAAACUUAUGGAAUGGUUGCUCUUCUCUGUGAACCUGAACAUUUGGACAGUUUACUUCGAACGGUUCAGGAAUUCCUAGGACUUGAGCCCCCAGGCAUCGAAAGCGACCCAUACCACCCGGUCCCAGCAAUACCACAGGUGGUGGUCGCGAAUAUCAACUCAAAAAACCAAAUUGUCUUGAGCGGCAGCCUUGACCGAAUCAAAACUCUCCUAGUCCAGCUGCCCCUUCCAUGGCGCCGGCUGCAGAUUACAUGA